AUGUCUGCACUCCGAAGGAAAUUUGGGGACGAUUAUCAGGUAGUGACCACUUCGUCGAGCGGCUCGGGCUUACAGCCCCAGGGGCCAGGGCAGGGCCCGCAGCAGCAGCUUGUGCCCAAGAAGAAGCGGCAGCGGUUCGUGGACAAGAACGGCCGGUGCAAUGUGCAGCACGGCAACCUGGGCAGCGAGACCAGUCGCUACCUCUCGGACCUCUUCACCACCCUGGUGGACCUCAAGUGGCGUUGGAACCUCUUCAUCUUCAUCCUCACCUACACCGUGGCCUGGCUCUUCAUGGCGUCCAUGUGGUGGGUGAUCGCUUAUACCCGGGGCGACCUGAACAAAGCCCACGUCGGCAACUACACUCCUUGUGUGGCCAAUGUGUAUAACUUCCCCUCUGCCUUCCUCUUCUUCAUCGAGACCGAGGCCACCAUCGGCUAUGGCUACCGCUACAUCACCGACAAGUGCCCCGAGGGCAUCAUCCUCUUCCUCUUCCAGUCCAUCCUGGGAUCCAUCGUGGACGCUUUCCUCAUCGGCUGCAUGUUCAUUAAGAUGUCCCAGCCCAAGAAGCGCGCCGAGACCCUCAUGUUUAGCGAGCAUGCGGUGAUCUCCAUGAGGGACGGAAAACUCACUCUCAUGUUCCGGGUGGGCAACCUGCGCAACAGCCACAUGGUAUCCGCGCAGAUUCGCUGCAAGCUGCUCAAGUCUCGGCAGACACCUGAGGGUGAAUUCCUUCCCCUUGACCAACUUGAACUGGAUGUAGGUUUUAGUACAGGGGCAGAUCAACUUUUUCUUGUGUCCCCUCUCACAAUUUGCCACGUGAUUGAUGCCAAAAGCCCCUUUUAUGACCUAUCCCAGCGAAGCAUGCAAACUGAACAAUUCGAGGUUGUCGUCAUCCUAGAAGGCAUCGUGGAAACCACUGGGAUGACUUGUCAAGCUCGGACAUCAUACACUGAGGAUGAAGUUCUUUGGGGUCAUCGGUUUUUUCCUGUAAUUUCUUUAGAAGAAGGGUUCUUUAAAGUUGAUUACUCCCAGUUUCAUGCAACAUUUGAAGUCCCCACCCCUCCGUACAGUGUGAAAGAGCAGGAGGAAAUGCUUCUCAUGUCCUCCCCUUUAAUAGCACCAGCCAUAACCAACAGCAAAGAAAGACAUAAUUCGGUGGAGUGCUUAGACGGACUAGAUGACAUUAGCACAAAACUUCCAUCAAAGCUGCAGAAAAUUACUGGGAGAGAAGACUUUCCCAAAAAACUCCUGAGGAUGAGUUCUACAACUUCAGAAAAAGCCUAUAGUUUGGGUGAUUUGCCCAUGAAACUCCAGCGAAUAAGCUCAGUUCCUGGCAACUCGGAAGAAAAACUGGUGUCUAAAACCACCAAGAUGUUGUCUGAUCCCAUGAGCCAGUCUGUGGCAGAUUUGCCACCAAAGCUUCAAAGAAUGGCUGGAGGACCUGCCAGGAUGGAAGGAAAUCUUCCAGCCAAACUAAGGAAAAUGAACUCCGACCGCUUCACAUAG